AUGAGGCGAGUCAAGUCGUCUACCGUGCCGCUGCCCGAGUUCUCCAGGCGCGAGGCCGAAGCCAAUGAUCGGUUGUCGCGGUUGCCACACAGUGUAAGGUUUUAUGGUUAUUGGGGGUGAUGAUAUGAGAUUUGAGAAGUUUGUGGCUGUUUGGACAAGCUAAAGGGUGUCUGGCUGUGGGCUAGGCUUAAAAAUGGGUUUGGAAAUAAAGUUAUGUCUAGUCAUAUUGGACUGGAGCUUUUUUGGGACCAGGUUUAGGCUCUUGUUUAUAUCAAAGUUUAAAAUCGGCUUUUUUACGAUGUUUGGCUAAGAAUUUACGAUCUUAAUAACAUCUUAUAAGUAGUUUUGUAAGUUAUUAAAGUUAGGACAGAUGUUGCAGAGUAAAAAUGUUGAAAAGUAAUGCAUUUUCAUGAUAUUUCUUCUAUUUUACGUCUGUUUAUCUGGCUGAGAAGAAACUUUUUUUUAAUUUAUCGGCUCGAUCAGUGUCAUAACUCACUUUGAGCCCUGUUUUCCUCAAAAACGAAAACUUAAAUUUGAUUUUAAAUACUAAAACAACAUGCAUUUCAUAUCAAAAACAACUUUUUUACGUAUUUUAUGACAUCUUUCAUCGAGAUCUAGUAAUUUUAAUAUGCAAAACAGUGAAAAAGCAUCCUUUUGAACGCAAUAGUAACAAAAAGACAUAUUUGUAUCAGUAUUACAUUGUUUGUUUAGAUACUGUUCCGCAUCCUUCAGUACCUUCAUGCUCAAGACCUGAUCUCUCUGGGAGGCUGCAAUCGCUUCCUUCAUAACAAAUGCGCCUCGAAUGACUUGUGGUCGUGUUUUUGCGACAAGGAAGGUGUCUACACGCAGUCAGUUAGGAACUCGAGGAGUCCCAAGCCCUGGAAGGCCUUCUCCGACAAGAUCAGGGCUGUGGUGUCGCUGGGGCAGAAGAACACGGACUCCGAUAUUCCCCAUGGCUUCUACAGACGAGCUUAUGUAAAGUGAGGGUUACUGUAUUUUUAGCUGGUUUUUGGGAGCUUUUUUGGCAAGAUAGGAUUUUUUUGCUUUAAAUGAGUAAAUAUUACAGUAAGUUAUAAUAUUUCAGUUUUAUUAUACUACUGUAAACCUUUCAGAGUAUUAUUUAACUGGGCCAAGAACAAAUCAUCGAGUACGAGUUACAAUCUGGCACAACGGAAGGGUACUGUAGUCCGAGGAGAGUACAUCAUAGCCUGGUCUAACUCUGAUGUCGCGAUCAUUUGCAAGCGGACAAAAAAUGUAAACUUUCAGUUAUUUUCUGUUUUAAAUGUCAUUUUAUGUGUAUUUUUACCUUACUUUAUAUUAUUUAUUAAAAUUAAAAUUUAAUUUUUAAAUUUAAAAGAUAAAAAUGCCAUUUCUUAUACACUAGUACCUACAGAUUACCACGGUAAACGUAAACGGUGUUGAAGCGACAAGUUUUUUUGAUGGAUCAACCAAAUUUGUCGUAUUUAUUCCGUCGCCCGAGGGCUCCAAGCUGAACACUUACAGAGUAGAGGACGGGAAAUUACUGAACAGCUACUCCUUCUCUCAAUCACUUCACAUUUCACUUUCCGACUGUCUACAUAUUAACUGGUAUGUCAUUUUAAAUCAUAUCUUUAUUUUUUAAAUUUUUAUUUUAAUCAAAAAACCUUUGUUUUAUUUUUUUGCACCGUGCAGAAAAAUCUUUCGCACAGUGCAGUCAUUUAAAAGACUGCACGGUGCAAGCUUAUUUGUAAAUCUGCACUGUGCAAAAACGGUUGAAAAUUCGCACGGUGCAAAGCCAAUUUCAUUUUUCUGUCAAAGGAAGUCACUGCACUGUGCAUGAAAAACAUCAAACCAAUUUGUCGCUGAUUCAAGUGCAAAACAAACUUUUGUCGCAAAAACAAUCUGCAGAGUGCAAGAAAACACGACCCGUAUCUGAAAACAGCGCUGUUGUCGUUUUGCACAGUGCGUUAAAGCUCUUGUUUGGCUGCACAGUGCAAUUAUUCGUCGCGGAAGUGUUGUCGCAAGUCAUCAUAUUGCGAUUCGAACGUUGGCGACAUGUUUGUCGCCUCUUGAAAAAAGAUUUUGUGUCGCGGAAGGUUUGCAUGCGACACUUUUCAAUCAAUUUGUCGCUGAUUUUUGGCAAAUUUUGCAUUGCGACGUUUUUGUCGCUGAAGUGAACAUGGUUUUGUCGCCAGUUUUUUGUCGCACGAUAUCUUUUAAUGGAUUUGUCGCAGGUUUUGAAAGAGUAACUUGUCGCUUUUUUACCGCUUUUUGUGUUGCGGAACUUUUGUCGCAAGGUUCUUAAAAGAAAACUUUGUUGUUGCACUUUUUUGUCGCCGGUUUUGAGGAGAGAUGCGAUUGUUUUUUUAGCGACAAACUUUACUGUAGGAUUUGUCGCGGCACAAACAAAUGUUUGCGCGACAAGGUUUUAAUCGAAGGCAAAAAUUGUGUCAUUCAUUGAAGUCGCCUUUUGCUUUGCCUUGAAUUUGCCGCUGAAUGAAAUGGAUGAUUUGAGUAAUGGAAAUUGUCGCAAGCGACGACAGCAAUUUCUUUGCGCUGUGCAAAAGCUUUGCCGAGACAAAGCUUGACUGCACGGUGCAACGGAAUAAAUUGAGUGCACUGUGCAGUGGGAAAAGGGCUGCACGGUGCAAGUGAAAUAAAGGGUUGCACCGUGCAGAUUAGAGACUAAAGGGAUUUGGCUAUUUAUUUGUGGAAAUUAUGAGAGUUUUGGGCCGAAAAUAAUUUUAAAUUGUAGUGUCGCGAUCAGUGGGCCAGACAAGGUGAAUGUGUACGAUCUAAACACUGGUACCGAGAUCCACUCGACUAAAGUGGUCAAGUCGAGUAACCGCUUCGUCGAGUUCGAUGGCUUCAGAGUCGUGACCUGUGCUCGCGACGCGAAGAAGCUCCAGGGCUGGAAUUUGAAGGAGAAGACGGUGAGGGAGAUCGACCAGUGCACCGACUUCAAGGUGCUCAGCGACAUCAAGCAGGUCAUCGUGUUCUACGUGCGAUGGAAGUGCGAGAUCUACAACGUUGACACCAUGGUCAAGUUGGAGACGGUCACUCCGAGUUGCGGCGACUUUGCUGACGUUCAUACUACUCUGCACUACCGUGCUCGCACCUUGGUGGGACUACUGGGUGGUCCUCCUGGUACUGGUACCCUAUUCCCUGUGGUCGAUGUGUGGAAUCUGACUGAUAAGGGAUGGGUUGACAAGGGUGUCAUCAUGAGAGGUCAGGUCACGGAUGUGGGGUUCGUGAGCUCGCACCUCUUUUUGUGUGAAACCAGGAAAAGCGACCGAAGUUCUGGUCGAUUUCAGUUGUGGCAUAUGAGGAAGGGUAAGGUUACUGUAAUGUAGAGCAGGGUAGGUGGUAGUAGUUUUUCUACAUGUCGCAGUGACAUUAAGGUUUAAAAUAAUAAUUUUAGCAUCGCUUGUCGCCAACAUCAGUUUGCCGGUGGAUUGCACCACCACCGACCGGUCGAUCGACCCGAAACAACUUAAUGGCUCUACAGUAGCUGUAGUUACAAAAGACGGCGUAGUAGUUGUAGAUUUCAAUUAG